AUGAACCACUGUGAGGGACAAGAAUUGGAGGUCGAUCACCGAGAUUCUAAACGCCCUCGCAUUCUUGCGCCGGCCAUACCUACAAAACCGCUCUACGCCCCUAAAAAACCUACUUCUGAAAGUAAGAAGGCGCGCAGGAGUCGGAUCAGAAGAUCGGCCGGGGGACCCUUACGGUACGCGCCUGAACAAAGUACGCGCUGUCUUUUCCCACAGAAUCGACCCCGACGGGUGAUACUGUAAGGUCUACGGACCAGAAGGCCAGCGUUAUUUGGGGUUUUGGGGAGGGGAACAUGGGAGAGAAGGUUGUUGGGUCCACGGACCGAGUUGCCCGCUGUCUAGUUAGUGAGUCGCGACCUGUCAUAUUUAGGCUUUCGCAGCCAGAAGUGAGAUAUGGCGAGCUGGGAGUCCAGCCGGGCCAACUCGCGGCCGGGCUGACGGACCAGGCCGGUCCUGGCAGAAAAAGGAACCCCAACGCGUCCUCAGACAUUGCGCCAUCCGCUCCCGGGAUUCCUGGCGGACCGGGGGUAGCUGUCGACAAUUUAGUUGAAUGCCCUCUUACGCCGGCCAAGCCUAAAAAAGAACCCCUUUCAUACUCCUGCCGCUGGCGGUUGAUUGGCUCUUUUGGUUUCAUAACUCUUUCGACAUUAUGA